ACCCGCGCGCCGGAAGCGGCGUCCGAGCCCCCUGCCUCGUUCGGGAGGCGAGAGGGAGGCGAAGAAGAUGCCGGUGGCGGUGAUGGCGGCGGCGGGGGGGAGCAGUGCCCACGCACAUCGGAAGCUGCUGGAGCAGUGCGAGACGCAGGAGCUGGAGGCUCCAGGAGGGAUCGCGACGCCGCCCGUCUACGCCCAGCUCCUCGCGUUGUACCUUUUGCAUAAUGACAUGACAGAUGCAACCAGGCGGCGAGCAUUCGGGCUGGUCUCUCAGGCGUACACUUCGAUAAGCGCGGACGACUUUGCAGCCUUUGUUGGGCUUCCUGUGGAAGAAGCCGUGAAAGGCGUUCUCGAACAAGGGUGGCAAGCCGACUCCUCCACGCGCAUGGUAAUGCCGAAGAAGCCAGGUCCGCAGGAGCCUUCAUUUAACAGAUUUCACCCAUUAUCAGAACCCGCUCCAGUGCCGCCCAUUCCCAACGAACAGCAGUUGGCCCGAUUAACUGACUACGUGGCUUUCCUCGAGAACUGAUCGUCCCCGCCCGCCCUUCGUGUAUUAAAGUUCGUU